GUUAAAAGUACUACUAAGCCACAGUGAAUUAAGUUGAAGAACCCAGAAACCAAGACUAUAGAGAGAGAGAGAGAGAGAGAGAGAGAGAGAGAAACAACUUUGUUAUCAAUGGUGGUGGUGUUGGUUUAGGUUGCUUUAGAAGAAGUGGAAGCGUUUUGUCUUUCUUCAAUGGAGUCCUGUACUACUUCUUCGUUGAGAAGCUUUUGUGUAACACUAAAGCCUCCAGUAGUACUAAACACUAGUGUAGGAGUGUUUUCUAGCACUCACAGCUGUUGGUGGAGGAGGAGGAAGAGAGCUUCUUUUCAUGUUUCAGCAAUUUCUUACAAGAAGUUUAUCGGAUUUGCUCUAAAUGAAGCUAAGCGCCAAACCCAUUUGGUUCCUUCUCCUUUACAGGAACAGUUUAAUUCAAUGAUUUCCAUGGAUGGUAAAGCAGAACUUCAAAUGUUAUCAUUUCAAGCUCCCAAGAUUAGACUUCUACGGAGUAUGAGCAUUGAGACUGAAGUAAUGCAGGUUUUGGACUUUGCUAUCUUUCCAGAAUCGGAAUUUGAUGUACCCAUAUUUUGUGCCAACUGUUUCUCCACCAGUAGCACAAACAUAGUGGUCUUGGACCUUAACCCUUUGCAUGAUGUCAUCAGUCGAAGAGAUUAUAAGGACAGAUACUAUAAAAGUUUAAUGCCUCUUGGUCUCAAGUAUGCUGAGCUUCUGCCCUGGGGAGGAAAGCUCACAAGCGAGUCUUUAAAAUUUUUCUCACCAAUUGUGCUAUGGACCAGAUUUUCUCCAAGCCAAGACAGAUUUGAUAUCUUAUAUUCUGCAUUCAUGGAUUAUUACAAGGCUUGGUUUGAGCUGAUAAAGCCAGCAGUAGGGGAGACAGAUGCAUCCCAAAUUAUGAGCAAUCGUGAAGCACAACAUAGAUAUCUAACAUGGAGAGCUGAGAAGGAUCCUGGUCACGGAAUGCUGACAAAAUUGAUUGGGGAGAGAAGUUCAAAGGAGUUGUUGAGGAACUUCCUCUUUAAUGGAAUUAAUGAGCUAGGAAGCAGAACAUUCCUGGAUUACUUUCCUGAGUACCGCUGUGAAGAUGGGACUAUAAAUGAGAAGCGCAGCAUUAUUGGAAAGUCUUUUGAAAAUCGCCCUUGGGAUACAAGAGGGGAAUUCAUUGGUUAAUAGGGGGAAUUUGCAGAGUAACAGUGUGAGGGGGUUGUAUGUAGUAAGUUAGGCAACGUUUGAAAGAUUUAAGAAAACUAGUAUCUCGAGUUUUAGAAACUCGAGAUCCAAUUAAAAAAACGAGUUUUAGAAACUCGCUUUGCACUUGUUGUGAAUUGCUGACUGGGCUUGAAGUGCCACAUAGAUCUUGAGUCUAUAAGACUCGAGUUCUAAAAAACCAAAACCGAGUCUUACAAACUUGAUUUUUGUCGGACUUGAAGAAACACAAAACCUGAAGAAUGCAGCAAGAACAGAGACGAAGAGACCUGAAGAACGCAGCGAUCUGACGACGAAGAACAGGAACCCACGGAAGAACAGGAUGAAGAACACAAUGGAGCUUCGUCGCCGCUGCCUUCGUCGCUCCUAGGACGGAAGAACACGAUGAAGAAGAACACAAUAGAGUUUCGCCGCCACUGCCUCCGUCGUUUCUGAUUUGGGAUUUCUGAUUUGUUGUUCAGAUUUGUUGUCCCUUCGUGUUUCUUCUAAUUUGUUGGUUAUUCCUUUGUGUUCCAGAGUGUUCCUAGUGUUUCUACGUGGACUUUUCCUCCACCUCAGCUACCAUCACAUGCAAAUCGAGACUUAAAAACUUGAGUUUUAUAUUGGAACUCGAGUUUUAGACACUCGAGAUGCUAGUUUUCAACAUUCUUUUACAACGUGACAACUAACUAAAUUUUUUAAUAUUUAUUGUUAUUUAGAAAAAAAAAUUCCAGGUUAA